AUGCCGCCUAAGGAAGCGACCAAAGUUCUGGCCGAGCGGUUGGCCAAGCGCAAGGGGAUUCUCGCGCUGCGUGACAACAUCGAGAAGUUUGUGAGCAAGUUCAACGGCGAGCUGGACAUGUGCCAAGUGUCAGUGCGACUCGAUUCCCUGGAUCAGCUGAAGAACGACUUCCUGGACGUGCAGAACAACAUCGAGAAGUUGGAUGAGCCGAACAAUCUGGACGCGAACAUUGCUCAGCGGGUCGACUUCGAGCAGCGCUACUGUGACAUCAAGGGAUUUUUGCUCUCCAAGCGACCUGUCGAUCUCAACCAAACAUUGGAGAUGUCUACGAUGUCUCACUCGCACUCGCACAAUUUCCACCUGCGUCUCCCGAAGAUCGAGUUGCCGCAGUUCGACGGAGAUUACUCACGCUGGUUGUCCUUCCGGGACACUUUUGUGUCGAUGAUCCAUGCCAACUCGGACAUACCAACUGUAGCCAAGCUGCAGUACCUGCUGCAGUCGUUGGGACCGACAGCCAAGAAGCCUUACGAAUCCGUCGAUAUCAAGGCUGACAACUACUUCACGACGUGGUCAGCGAUACUCAAGCGGUACGACGACAAGCGUCACCUGAAGCGACAGCUGUUCAGAGGUUUGUACGAUUUGCCAGCAGUGCCAGAGGAGUGUGCGUCUGCGAUCCACAACUUGGCUGAUGACUUCCAACGCCACGUGAAGGCGCUCGAGAAGUUGGACGAACUUGUGCAGCAUUGGGACACGCCGCUGGUAAACAUGCUGUCGUACAAGUUGGAUCAAGCGACGUUGCGAGCGUGGGAGGAGAAGAAUAGCGAGAAGGCCGACGUUAAGUACGACGACAUGAUCGAGUUCUUGUACCAACGGGUACGCGUUUUGGAAGCUAGCGGAUCGGAGUCCAAGCAGUCGGCAUCGGCAAAGGUGGCCGGUUCCUCAUCGAAACAAUCUCGGCCGAGGUUCGUUGCCAACGCUGCCUCUUCCUCCAGCUCGAACGGUUCGUGCUUGCUUGGGUGUUCGGAGAACCAUCAUCUACGCAGAUGUCCAGUGUUUCUUGGGAAGGAUGUGCAGCAACGCCGAGACCUGGUUGCGCAGAAACGGCUGUGCUGGAACUGUCUCUCGGCUGGCCACCCGGCCAGGAAGUGUGGGUCCAAGUUCUCGUGCCAAACUUGUAAGCAGAAACACCAUUCACUUGUGCACGUCUCGUCUCCGACGAGGGUUUCAUCGACUCCUGCUGUGACUUCCGUCACAAUUGAUCAACCGUCCAACACCGCGUCGGCGAACGCGGCCCCGGUAGGCUCAAGUUCUACCACUCCACAAGUCAGCAUGGCAGUGCAAACUGCAUGCAACACGGUUCUACUGGAGACGGUUGUGGUGAAUGUGGUUGACGAUCACGGCAAGAAGCACAAGGCGCGAGCGUUGCUGGACUCAGCUUCGAUGUCAAACUUCAUGUCGGGUCAGCUGGCAAAGAACCUCUACAAUCGGCCGAUCAAGGUGGACGUCGCAGUAGCUGGGAUUGGAGUUUCAACGCAACGAGUUCGCAGCGCAAUCACGGCCGCGAUCGAGUCCAGGAACACAACGUUUUCUACGAAGCUGGAGUUCCUGAUCCUGAGACAGCCUUCUGCAGAGCUGCCAACCGUGCCGAUAGACGUGUCGACAUGGAAACUUCCGGAUAUUAUGCUGGCAGAUCAACGCUUCAACGUACCUGAACCAAUCGACCUGGUGAUCGGCAGUGAAUCGUUCUGGGAACUGCACACUGGGCGGAAGAUCUCGCUUGGAGCAGGUCUUCCAUGGGUAGUUGAAACGCACUUUGGUUGGGCGGUAUCUGGCACCGCAUCCGCUGAAACUACCUGCAUCCCCCGCAUCUGUCAGCUUUCAGCUGUGAACGAUCGUCUGGAGGCCGCAAUCCAGAGAUUCUGGGAAGUUGAGACGAUCCCGGAAGGCCCCGCUCACUCUGUCGACGAGAAUCGCUGCGAGGAGUUCUUCGCCAAGACGACCACCCGUGACGCUACAGGAAGGUACGUGGUUCGUCUUCCCCUGACCGAUAACCCUGAAAUCAUCCUGGGGGAUUCCAAGACCAUCGCAGAGCGCCGCUUUCUCGGCCUGGAACGUCGAUUGGAUCGAGAUCCUGCGACGAAGGAGGCCUACCACAAGUUUAUGCACGAGUAUCUUUCGCUGGGCCACAUGGAGUUGGUGGACGGACCUGUGGACUACCGGAGGCCACACUGCUACUUGCCGCACCACCCUGUCUUCAAACAAUCAAGCACAACGACGAAGGUCAGGGUCGUCUUCGACGCGUCGUGCAAGACGUCGUCCGGCUACUCGGUGAAUGAAAAGAUGCUCGUUGGACCGGUCGUUCAACCGGACCUGCUGUCGACGCUGCUGAAGUUCCGGUUUCAAGCGGUCGCACUGGUGGCGGACGUCGAAAAGAUGUACCGUCAAGUGCUCGUGCAUCCUGACGAUCGGCCUCUGCAGCGGAUUGUUUGGCGAUUCAACCCGACGGAUCCCAUCUCGACCUACGAAUUGCGGACGGUCACCUACGGCACGGCAAGCGCUCCCUUUCUGGCAACCAGAACGCUCGCUCAGAUCGCGCAAGACAACAAAGAACUCCACCCGGACGCUGCUGAAGCUGUUGCACGAGAUUUCUACGUCGACGACUUGAUCUCUGGUGCGUCGGACGUGGAAACGGCGAUCAAACUGCGUCGCGAGAUAUCUACGAUGCUUGCUGCUGCUGGUUUUCCGCUCAAGAAGUGGGCGUCUAACGCCCCUGAAGUGCUACGAGACAUUCCACCCGAGGAUCUGGCACUUCUACCGGUUUACGACCUGCAAGAUGGUCAAACUGUAACCACACUCGGCAUCGUUUGGGACCCACAGACAGACACCCUCUGUUUCCGGGUCCAACUACCACCCCCUGCGUCGGUGCUCUCAAAGCGCAAAGUGAUGUCUUACAUCGCACAGAUUUGGGACCCGUUUGGACUGGUUGGUCCAACAACAUUGAAGGCGAAGCUGUUUAUGCAGCGCUUGUGGGCGCUCAAACACAAAGGAGAAGCAUGCGAGUGGGACACCCCGCUCCCACUCAAGAUCCAGCUGGAAUGGAAGGAGUUCCACAAGCUGCUGCACAUGCUCAGCCAGGUCAAGGUUCCGCGGUUCGUCUCUACGCCUGGCGCCACUAUCCAGUUGCAUUUUUUCUCCGACGCGUCGGAAAAGGCUUACGGCGCCUGCUGCUACGUCCGAGCUGCGGCCGCCAACGGAGUCACCACUCGUCUGCUGUCCUCGAAGUCCAAGGUCGCGUCGCUGUCGUCCCAUGACUCGAUCAACAAAUUGGAGCUAAAUGGUGGCCGGCUCUCUACGCAGCUGUACAAGAAGGUCAAGAAAGCCCUGAACCUGUCUGAUGCCGUUCCAGUCUUCUUCUGGACAGAUUCGCUUACGGUUCUUCAUUGGUUGAACUCUCUGCCCAGCCGUUGGAAGACGUACGUCGCGAAUAGGGUGUCCCAAAUCCAGCUGUGCACCAGCCGCCAUGUCUGGGGACACGUACCCGGCGUCGACAAUCCCGCCGACUACAUCUCUCGAGGACUGAGCCCGCUGGAACUGCUCGAUUGUCUGUGUUGGUGGUUUGGGCCCCUUUGGCUGAAGCAAAAUCCGGACUACUGGCCAAAAACUGUGUUGACAGCCGCAGACGCUUCAGCUGUAACCAAGGAAGAACGCAAGGUGCCGAUCGUUGCGAUGACCACCGUCGAGGCUGAUUUCAGCAACCGUGUUUUCAGCUUGACCUCGAGCUUUCCUAAGCUCCGUCGCGACAUCGCAUUCUGCCAGCGCUUUCUUUCCAAGCUUCGUGAACGCUCGGUGCAACGGCGCGAUGCACCUGAACAGUACGCCCCGCUUACUAUUGGAAAAGUAACAACCCCUCUAUCGGUUACGCCGCUCUCUACGCACGAACUCCAACACGCUGAAUUCUCGCUGGUGCGCCUAGCGCAGCAAGAACACUACGCUGAGGAGAUUUCUGACCUCUCUGGAGGUGAACGGGUGUCCAAGUCGUCGCCACUCAAGUGGUUGAACCCGUUUGUUGACGAAAACCGUAUCCUGCGAGUCGGUGGCCGGCUUCGGAACGCCAAACUGACUCACGAAAGCAAACACCCGAUUGUUCUCUCUGCGCGACACCCGCUAACGGCUCUGUUGGCUAGUUACUUCCACGAGAAACUACUGCACGCAGGUCCCGCCCUCAUGCUGGCCACUCUCCGCCAGAAGUACUGGAUCUUGGGCGGACGAAACCUGGUGAAAUCUGUCUACCAUCGCUGCCACACCUGUUUCCGCAGUAAACCCACGCUGGUAAUCCAGAGCAUAGCAGAUUUGCCAGCAUCGAGGGUCGCACCAACUCGUCCGUUCUCUGUCUGCGGCGUUGACUACUGCGGGCCGUUUUAUAUUAAGUCACCUGUACGCAACCGCGCCCCCACCAAAGUCUACGUGGCCAUUUUCGUUUGCUUUUCGACCAAGGCGGUCCACAUCGAGCUGGUGAGCGAUUUAUCCACACCAGCAUUCAUCGCAGCUCUACGUCGACUGGUCGCCCGCAGAGGACAGGUUGUCGAGUUGAAUUCUGACAACGCGACCGCCUUCAAGGGUGCUGCGAAUGCACUGCACCGUGUGUACCAGAUGCUGAAGGUCGAACAAGUCGAUCGGAAUGAGAUUUUCACCUGGUGCGCAGAGAACGGGAUUCGCUGGAAAUUCAUCCCACCACGCGCGCCACACUUCGGCGGACUGUGGGAGGCGGCGGUCAAAUCCGCCAAAACACACCUACUAAAGACGAUGGGCACCACUAGUGCCAACUACGAGGACAUGCUCACACUGCUGGCGCAGAUAGAGAUGUGCCUCAACUCUCGCCCACUCACGCCCAUGCCGGACGACCCGGCAGACGCUGAAGUCCUGACCCCGGGACAUUUUCUCGUCGGGAGCAACCUCCAAGCCGUUCCGGAAAUGGACCUGAAGGAGAUUCCAGACAACCGCCUGAACAACUGGGAGCUGACGCAGAAACGAGUCCAGCAAAUCUGGGCACGCUGGUACCCCGAGUAUCUGCAGCAGCUGCAGUCACGUGCGACGAAAGGUUGCAACCCACCUGUCGCCGUCGAGGUCGGCAGAGUCGUCAUCAUCAAGGAAGACAACGUUCCGCCUGCAAGCUGGCCCCUCGGAAAAAUCGUGAAGCUGCACCCGGGAAAAGACGGCAUCGUUCGGGUCGUGACCCUGAAGACAGCAGCGGCCAAGGAAGUCUGUACAGCCUUGCUGCAAUGGUACAACUGUUCCUACAACAACGACAACGAAAGCUCCAACAACAACUACCACAACAAAAGCUCCAACUACUACCACGACAACAACGAAAGCUCCAACGACGACUACCACGACGAAAGCUCCAACAACCACUAA